GAGGGGGGCCGGGGGGACCCGCCCCCGGCCAGCCGCAGUCAUGAACUCCAACGUGGAGAACCUGCCACCCCACAUCAUCCGCCUGGUGUACAAAGAGGUGAAGACUCUGACCAUGGACCCUCCCGAUGGCAUCAAGGUCUUUCCCAACGAAGAGGACCUCACGGACCUGCAGGUCACCAUCGAGGGCCCUGAGGGGACCCCAUAUGCCGGAGGCCUGUUCCUUAUGAAACUCCUGCUGGGGAAGGACUUUCCUGCCUCCCCGCCCAAGGGCUACUUCCUGACCAAGAUCUUCCACCCGAACGUGGGCGCCAACGGCGAGAUCUGCGUCAACGUGCUCAAGAGGGACUGGACGGCUGAGCUGGGCAUCCGGCAGGUGCUGCUGACCAUCAAGUGCCUGCUGAUCCACCCCGAGUCCGCCCUCAACGAGGAGGCAGGCCACCUGCUCUUGGAGAACUACGAGGAGUAUGCGGCCCGCCUGCUCACCGAGAUCCACGGGGGAGCCCAUAUUCUCUUGAAUUAA